GCCCCCGCAGGGCGACCGAAGCCCGGCAGGGGGAAGGGGAAGGGGAAGGCAAGCCCGAGUGCAAGUGCAGGGGGGCACUAGUCUCUCACGCACUGAGACUCUGGGCGGACGGAUCGACCGCAUCGACAUCGGAUUCUCGAGAGCGCAAUUCGGGCGCAGCGUCGAGCGCGGAUCUGAUCCGGGACGGCCUCUGUGGGUCACAGGGCCCCCUCUCUCGCAAUGGCCGUCGACUUAGAAAUGCUCAACAAGUAUGUCGCUGUGGCUGAAGAGGCUGCGGUCAUGGCUGGAAAGUUGAUUCAGGUCAGCUUCUACAAACAUAAAACGGUGGAACACAAGGGAAAGGUCGAUUUAGUAACCGAAACCGACAAAGCUUGCGAGAAGAUAAUAUUCGACCAUCUGUCGAAGGCAUUUCCUACCCACAAGCUUCUGGGGGAAGAGGAAUCAUCAUUGAGCGGGAAGAUUAACGCCAUCACAGAUGAACCGACUUGGAUUGUGGAUCCUUUAGACGGAACCACCAAUUUUGUUCACAGCUUUCCCUUCGUUUGCGUAUCGAUCGGACUCACCAUCGGAAAGGUUCCUGUCGUCGGAGUUGUGUACAAUCCAAUUCUCGAUGAGUUGUACACUGCCACAAAGGGAGGUGGAGCAUUUCUGAACGGGCAGCUCAUCAUGGCCUCUGAUCAGACGGACAUUGGAAACGCUCUGCUCGCCACAGAAGUCGGCACGGCGCGGGACGUCCAGACGGUAGACGAAUCGACGAAUAGGAUAAACGCAGCGCUUUUCAAGGUUCGAUCGCUCCGAAUGUCCGGCUCUUGCGCCAUGAAUCUGUGCGGAGUAGCGUGCGGGAGGUUGGACAUCUUCUACGAAAUCGGGUUCGGGGGUCCGUGGGACGUAGCCGCCGGAGUGCUCAUCGUGCAAGAAGCCGGCGGACUCGUCUUCGAUCCAUCCGGAAGCCCAUUCGAUAUCAUGUCGCAUCGAGUGUGCUCGACCAACAGCCAUUUGAAGGAAGCUGUGGUGGACGUCUUCAGAGGGCACUGCUAGAGCUUCGUCCUCACGUUUUCGUAGCCUUCGGAGGUUCAUCGUCCACGUAAAGUAGAGAUUCUCUUCUGCACUCUCUUCCUGCUGUUCGAGAGCUGAGCUGAGCUGAGCGAGAUGCUGCUCCCGUGUGCUCUCUCUCUCUCUCUCUCUCGACCCAAUCAAUCGUCAUCCAGGACGUCGAGGACUAGUUGCGCCACCAUAGCUGGCGGAUGGCACACGACGCGGCACGAUGGUGUGCGCGACCGAUUGUGGGUUCCGCAGCUGUAGAAGAAGAUCAACAACGUAAUCAUGAAACGAAUAUUUGUUCACAAUUUUUCCAGCACGAUUAUAAUACAAUAUAAUCUGAGAGUUUCGAGUGCUUUCGUUCGCCAGCCUUGAGUGUCGUAAGUUAUUGGGCAGCAAAUAUUUUUCCUCUUCCGAUUCGAUCUUCGUAGCAUUUCCGUCUUUGCACCAAACUGCCCGCUCAGCACACGAUGUGCCAAGAAUUCGUCCACUUUUGCAUUUUAGUGAGAAACUAGUUGUGUAGAAAUUUACCGUGUAACUCGUAUAUGUAUCAUGAUUCAUGAUUCACGAUACAUCUAGUACUUGGCCCAAUUUCCGCUCAUAACCAGAAAAGGAUUAUCCAGGUCUAUUACUGUGAUGUCAUGUUUCCUAAUCUGAAUUAUUCACUGAACCUUUGACGGAAUAAUUAAAACGUGAAUUACUGCAUCUCCCACUUAAUGUACGUCCUCUCCGACCGAUCAACAGGUCGGGAAUGUUCGAUGGCUUGUCCUUUUCAAACGACAUGAGAGCCGCAGUAUAUUGUAAGAGGCUAGAAGAGGAAGGUAACGUAGCCAAACUAUCAACAUGUUGUCCACACGUGAAAACACUGGCAACGUACGACUACAAUCCAUGAUCUGAAAAAAUCUGUGAUGGAUUUGUCUGUUUGAGUCCUGCCUUGUGUACGCCCUCGAGUGAGCCAACGUGAUACUUCAUCGAGUAUGGCAUCGGACAGAUGGCGACGAGUAAAUUCCUCAUCCGAGUCAAUUCACUGUGCACAUCGAAAAACUCAUCACUCCUAGUAUCUCCCAUGCUUUAUGUAAAGGUGACAUGCUGCGCCCUGCUUUCCAUCGAGGACGACCAGGCGGGGAAAGACACCAUGGGAUCCUCCUGGCUCGUGCAGUACAGCUUCUCUUGACCACCCCGAGUCUGGGAAGGAUCCAGCUCAAGAAGAGAGGAGAGGACAGGCUCAGCCCGACCCAAGAUCUUUUUUCUCCA